UGCCCGGAGUCCCGAACAGGAUACACACUCGCAGAAGUAACUCAGCUCAUCCGUAGCUAUAGGCUAGCCAUCGACCGAUAAGCAGCAAGUAAUGGCGACGAGCAAGGAGGAGAUCAAGCACGGCACGGCCCAGGCGAGGCUGACCGAGGACGACAUGGUCAGGACCGGCUACGUCAACGGCACGCCGCUCGAGGGCGGCAAGAUCGCCGACUCCGAUCCCGUAGACCUCUUCGCCGGAGCACGUCACGUGGGCGAUGCCUCGUCGCAGCAGCAGAAGCAGCUGCCGCUGGGCGACGAGGAGGAAGGCAAGAAGGGCGGAUCGGAGGAGCCGCGGGUGCAGGCGCGGCAGGGGAUGGGAGGCGGUGGACGUCUGCUGGGGCGCCAGUAGCUAGCUCUACGUGCGCCGUGGUACUGGUACCAUGUAGAGCUACUUAGCUAGAAAUAAAGUGGCCGCCGGCCGGCCGGCCGGCUAGUAGUGUAUGCUCUAUGUUGGUGAAUAGUGCAAGAAGCAGCACACCGAUCGACUAGCUGCUUUUUUCACAAGUUCCAGCCCGACUGAUCGUCUCCAACCUGUACACCUGUUUCCACCGAGAUAUAUGUUUAUCAUCGCAAGUUCCAAAAGGUUUGUAUGUGUUCAUGAAUGGUGAAGAUUGCUCCAUUCCUAUGUGUUAUAAUAAUUUAUUUGUUUAGACGAAGCA